AGUUUGCGUACCGCCAGCACACGGUGCGGAUCCAUCUCCGUGAUUUUUUAAUUCGAUUAAUCGUUCGUUACCGUAAUUAUUUUAUAAAGCAAUCCGAAGACAAGACUCCAAUCAGAUAAAAUCAAUUUCACUUACUCUUAAAAAAAUAACAACUGAAGAAGAAUUAACAAAUUAAUUCGACGAACAAUUCUAUUUUUUAAAUGAUUAUUGAAGCAAUUUAAUCGUCGAACCAGAACAGUGAAAGAGUUUUUCCAUGGAGCAUUGUUGUUCCAAGUUUUCAACGGUGGAGUGGGUGAAAAAAAAAAUUAACGGAAUUGUUGGAGCGGUAAUUAACGGUUUUUUAUAGGUCGGAGGAUUCUCAAGUGCUGAGCUAAUACUUCCGAUUAAUGUCGAUCGGCCAAUCACGUGGUGAUUGCAAUUCAUUCGCUGCUGUUACUCUUUGGAAGAAUAAACAAUUGUUAUCAUUUGAAAGUUAUUUGCUGUGAGAUUAAUCGUAAAAUAAUAAAGUGAUCAUUUGUGCGGGAAUUAACAAUAAAUUAUCGAUUUUCAUAUUCGAAAUCUAGGGAUUAAUCUGGUUUUGCUGGUGGGCUAUUGAAGAAAUCAGGAUGCCCAGUCAGAAUAGCUCGUCUGUCACCCCUUUUGUGCAUCAAGGAGCCAUUGAAUUGACCCUUAAUGUCCACGAGUCACAGCCAAUGGUCAGGACGACCCACCGAUGUUCCUUGGAUGCGUAACGAGAUGCACGAGAUACGAUCUGAUGUCUGGCUGAGUCGUCGAACAUCCGACGGCUGAUUAUGUCGUCAGGUCACAUCGGAUACCGUCUUGCUAGUUUCCUCCUGUCAUUUCCCACUGUGGCCCUACGUUGUCUCUCUGCAUCACACUGUCUCCUAACUUUAAUUGUUGUACUUGAAUUGGGUCUCAUCUGCGCUAAUGACUAUUCGAUCAGGCCAAAGCACACGCGUGAAAAUGGAACCGCAGGGAUUGACACAGUUGAGUGGAGUAGACCGAGUAGAAGAGGUCCUUCACUGGUCAGACCGAGGGACAAUAUCACAGCGACAAUUAUUCAAUCCUUUUGCAACUCGAGUGAUUGUGCAGUGAGAAAUGAAACGGAAUAUGCGAAUCAGACGAUUGAUUUUUAUUUGGAAAAUAAUGAAAAUGUGUCAAUGAUAAAUUCGUCAGUUUUACCUGCACCUGGUGAUCUCGGAGUGAGUUCAGGGGACGAUGUAUUUCAUCGGAAAUCGGAGAACGGGUGGAUGGGCAGAGGACAAGAAUUUGCAACAGCUGAUGGAGAACUGGAGAUCGCUGAGGAUCUUGUUAGUUUGAGUUCUAGUACAGUGACACCGAAAAUGUGGAAUAAGGUGGACGUGACGAUUCUGGGGCUGUUUGAAUUGACACAAGGCACUGAGGCAAGACCCGAGGGACCCAGUGAGCUACAGGCUGCCAAGUUUGCAAUCGAUCGAAUCAACGAGAUGGACAUUGUACCGAGAUUUAGGGUGAAAUUGUUACGUAAUGAUACCAGGUGUGACCCAGGUGUCGGGGUAGAUCGCUUUUUCCACGCCCUGUAUACCGCCAAGGCACGGACAAUAAUGCCAUUCUUACUCGGCACAGCGUGCUCCGAAGUGAGUGAAACACUAGCAAAAAUCGUACCCUAUUGGAACAUCGUCCAGGUGUCAUUCGGCUCAACAGCUCCAGCAUUAUCAGAUCAAUCAGAAUUUCCACUCUUCAUAAGGACAGUUGCACCUGACUCGAGUCACAAUCCAGCGAGAAUAGCACUCAUAAAGCAUUUUGGAUGGGAUACUGUGACAACUCUCUCGCAAACUGGUGAUAUGUAUUCCCUGGCCGUUAACGAUCUUGUAACCGAAUUAGAACAGGCGAAUAUCACGUGUACAGCGACCAUAACAUUCAGUGAAAAUGACUAUAGAGAACAGCUGACAACUCUCAAGGAUCUUGACACUCGCAUCAUCAUAGGAAGUUUCUCACCGAAAUUAGCGCCCAAAGUGUUUUGCGAAGCUUGGAAGCUUGGUAUGCAUGGUGGAGAUUAUGCCUGGAUUCUUCCGGGUGAGACGAUUGACCUUUCCGGAAUGACUGGAGACUGGUGGCAUUCACAUGGAGGAAACGAUUGUUCAUCAGCUGAACUUACUCAAACUUUGGAUGGUGUUAUCAUUGUUAAGAGUCAUGGCACAGUUCUUCCAGAGGAAACUAGCUCAUCUGGUUUGACGAGCAUUGAAUUCGCCUCGGAGCUCGCAAAAAGGGGUGUAACACUUUCCCGAUUUGCUGCUCAAACAUACGAUGCAGUUUGGGCGAUGGGGAUGGCAUUGUCAACAGUCGAGACACUUUUAAAUCAACGUAACACGAGUAUCGCUGAAUAUACACAUUCUAGACGUGACAUAGCGUAUGACCUCCAUGCUGAACUGAAGAAUUUGAAUUUUCUCGGUGUUUCGGGUCCUGUGUCAUUCGAUGGAGCUGAUCGAGUGGGAAUAACUGCCUUUUAUCAAAUGCAUGGUCAUGGAGUUAGAAGAAUCGCUAUUUACACACCCGAAGACGGUAUAUUGACACUCGAUUGUCCUGGAUGUGCUAAUGUCAGAUGGCCAGGAGGUCAUCCACCAGUGGCACGACGAGUUUUCAGAAUCCGAAUGGUAACAAUCGAUCCAGCAGCAUUUCUGGCAGUGGCGUGCCUCGCCAGUAUAGGAAUGACCCUAGCCCUCUCAUUCCUCGCAUUCAAUCUUCAUUUCCGUCGGCACAAGAGUAUAAAACUCUCGAGCCCACGGCUGAACAACAUGGCAGCAGUCGGCUGUGCUCUGGUUUAUGGUGCCGUAAUUCUUCUUGGGUUGGAUCAUGCUACUCUACCAAACAACUAUUUUCCAACGAUAUGCACAGCACGUGUCUACCUUCUCUCAGCAGGAUUUUCCCUCGCCUUUGGAUCCAUGUUCACCAAGACCUACAGAGUACACAGGAUUUUCACUAGAAGUCGAAGUGGUGUCGUUAAAAAUAAGUUGCUUCAGGACACUCAACUGAUCAGUUUGAUAUUCGUUCUCCUACUGAUUGAUGGACUGAUAGUGACACUGUGGGUGACACUGGAUCCGAUGGAACGGUAUUUGCGAAAUCUCACGUUGGAAAUAAGUCCACAGGAUCGUGGAGUCGUAUAUCAACCCCAGGUUGAAGUCUGUCGAUCUCAACACACCAAUGGAUGGCUGGCAUCCCUUUACGCUUACAAAGGUUUGCUACUGGUUGUGGGAGUGUACAUGGCCUGGGAAACGAGACACGUGAAAAUACCAGCGCUCAAUGACUCCCAAUACAUCGGCAUGAGUGUCUACUCUGUUGUGAUAACAUCUGGAAUAGUCGUUGUAUUAGCUAAUUUAAUGUCUGAUCGUGCGACCCUCGCAUUCGUGACAAUCACAGCCCUCAUACUGGCGUCAACAACAGCAACCCUGGCACUCCUCUUCCUCCCCCAGCUGGCUCAUAUACUCGGGGGUGAGAGAGCCGAUCCUGUUGUACAGAGUCUGGGACUGAAAAUCGAAUGCAACACGAGGAGAUUUGUUCAGGACGAUCGCAGAGAACUGCAGUACAGAGUUGAAGUACAGAAUCGUGUUUACCGUCGUGAGAUGGCACAACUGGAGUUUGAAUUAGCGAGACUGGAGAAACAAUUGGGCCAAGAGCCAAUUGAUCCAUCACAUGCAUCAUCCAGCGCAUCCAUUCCACAGCGAAAUCCGAGUAUCGGUGGUGGAUUACCCCUAUUGUUGUUGAGUGUUUUACCACCUGUUAUACCACGGGCCAGCUGGCCAUCCGCCAAUUCUUCUGGCAUGCGUCGAGGAACAGUAGCAUUUAGCAGUCAGCCAGAUCUUGAGCCAAAUGGUGCUCGUAGCAGUCUAGCUGACAUCUACAAACUCCAGUGGAGACGAGAAACUGAGGGGCCCAAUCGUUUGGGGGUCUUCCAACGUCUCUUCAGUCUCUUCGGGAGUCGUCCCAGCAGUCGAAAAACUUCCACAGCUUCCAUUACAGGUGUUGCUUCAGCUCUCAAAGUUCACAUGGGGUAUAUCGCUGGGCUGGUGCCAGGUACCAAGGCUUCAUCCACUUGUCAAAUGAAUGUACCCCAAGGAAUGCGUCCACCACAUCCAAGAUGUGGCUCCGGUCCUAUCAUCAAUAUAACUAGUGAUGAGGAUAGAAGACUGAGUCUGGGAUUAAGACGAAAAGAGAGCAGUGAGCCACGUGUCAACUUUAGUUUACCAUUGAAAACAAGCUCUGAAAAUUCAUCCCGCGAGAGGAUAAAAGGUUCCCCCCGUUUUCCCCACCGUAUAAUGCCAGCAAAUAGCUUAGGAACGAUUCCACUUGGCACAGAUGGAUUUAUGGAACAUCGUUGGCAUUCAAUGGACGAUUCAUCACGCUCUAAAGUAACAAAUACAUCACUUCGAAAUACCUGCACGGGCCCCUGUCCACCAAAUUACGAUGUAUGGGCAACACACGAAGUUGGAAUUCCCUUGAGUGAAUUAGCAAACAGUAGUCGUGGUCAACGUCAUCCAGAAACACGCCAAGCACUAGUCAUUCCAGCUGAUUCCAACAUCAGUCCUGAUGACAUUUUACUGGGGAAUGAUCUCCGAAAGCUCUUCAGAGAGGCUGGAUCAUCGUUGACCCUGACUGACGACAACGCUGAUGUAGAAUUACAGAUUAUUGAAUCAAUAAACUUGCCAUUGAGAAAAAUUAAAAGGAGUGAGUCAACGGAUUUUACAACAGAUGAAGAAGUGUUUCAUCAAGUUAUUGUUGAUGAUUCGACAACUGAUAGUGAACAGACAGAAUCUUCACGUAAUAUUAAUGAUAAGGAGCUUCUGAAUGCUGAAAAUUUUGCUGAGUUGUGUGAAGGCGAGGGCGUCAGUGAUGUUACGUAGAAGUAGUGACGUUGUCAGUUUUAUGUGCCAAAUAAUUAAAAUGAUUAAUCAAAAUGUACGAGACAAGCAGAUGGAAAAAAUAUCUUCACAAUGCUUUGGGACUCACCUGGGACCAAAUAAUUUUCCCCAAGAUGUGAAGGUGAAGGAAGUGCUAUCGUAUUGGAAUCAAACUGACAUUGAUAACUAACAAAUGACUACUUAAUGAUUAUCUAGUUACGUUUAAUACCCCGAAUCCCUAGUACCUGCUGAACAACUAAAUCAUCAACACUAUUAUUAAUGUUUCAAUGGUAUAUUAAGGGGAACAAUGUAUUAGACAAUUUCUAUGACUCACUCCAAUUAAUUUAUCGUUAUGAUUUUGUUUUCUUCAUACGAGAUAAAAUGUGUAGACCAAACACAAUUAAAUAGAAUGAGAUUAAAAUAUUUUUCCCCGGUUACGAAAGAGACACGUCCCCUCUGUGUGUACAAAUAGAUGUUGAGAGAAUCAUGAAUAAUGACAUUCAACUAUUCAACAAUAAUCAAGUCGUAUCAGUGCAAUGGAAGCAACAAAUAUAUAUUCAUAAGAAUUGUUCUUGAAUGAUGUACAAUGGAGAUUUAUGUAAUUCAGUCUCUCAUUAAGUUAUAUUAUUUCAAUGAAAAAAAAAACGAAUAAUGCUCAUUUGUUAUUAUGUAUUUUUUUAUUGAUGGAUAAUUAAUUUCCUGUAUAAUCAUAUCUUCUUUAUAUGACAGUAUCAUAUCACUAUAAAAAUCUUUUGCGAUAUUUACACUGCUCACGUUUCUACAAUGGAAGGAUAUAUGAUUUUAGUUUGAUACCUUUCAUUUAUUUUUUCUUUUUAGUGCUGACUAUGUACAACUGAAUCUUUGGGUUUAUGUAGUAAUUUAGAUUCACGUUCACUGAAAAAAAAUAAAACCAAAAUGAAAAAUAUCAAA